CAUCAUGUUGGGCUCAAAGAGGUGCUCCAAGGUCCUGCUGAUCAGUGCUUAAGGCGCUUCGGAGGCGACUUUGAUUUCUCGGAUAUCCCGCCCCCGACCGGAGCGGGCAUUCGUCAGAAAGUACGGACCUUGGAGGACUGCGCCCCAGGACCUGGUCGUUUACCUUGCGCUGCCUGGCGCUGCGCCCCUCAGGCAGCGGAGCUGCUUGACGAGUACUUGCGGUGGAUCGUGGAUGGGAAGUCGCCUCGCCCCUGCUUCAACGAUCUCUUCGGGGUCUUCAUACGGGAAGGGGGAGCAGGAGGGAGAUGAAGGAGGAGCUCUUCGCGACUUCGCGCCCCCUGGGCUUGAAUUAUUCGGAGAAUAAGAUCCCCGCCGGCCUCGUCGUGAGGCCGUUCUCGAUCAAGAUGGCUGAGGUCAGUUGUAAACUGCAGCGGGGCUUCGCGAUCGGUCGGCAGCCCGGUGCAAACAUAAUCGGGAUCGACGCGUACGCUAGGCUCGCCUCGAUGUCGGACGCAGCCGAGAUCGACCUUCCAGCCGUCGUCUCGCACGACUUCGCCCGGGCGUUUCCGUCCGUGGCGCACUCCUUGAUGAAGAAGGUGUUAGCGAAGAUGAACCUCCCUGGGCCUCUCCUCUGGUUCUUCCUGGUCCUCUACGAAAGCGUUCGCUGUCUUGGGGAGCUGGGAGGUGCCACGGUUUGGCUUUUCUUGAUAUGGUCAGGCAUUAUUCGGGGGUGCCCCGCCAGCGGCGCCUUAUUCGCUGCAAGUUUGAACCCGUUCCUGCUCGACUCCGAGAGCACCUUCGUGAGGGGGCGCAGCGGGGCGAUCCUCGCGCGCGCCGAUGGCCUGGGCGGGGUGAUUUUGAAGCUCAGGUUUAUCACGGUGCUCUUUCGGAUCUUUCAGCGGGCCCAACAUCUCGCUGUUUUAGUACCCAAGACGUGCAAGUGUUUCAUCGCCCCGCUCAGUGGACCCUUCAGCGAGGAGCUCGCAGAGAUUUAUCGGCAGGCCAUAGCUCAGCUGGUGCCGUCUUGGGCGAACUUCGUAGAUGUUCCGAACCUGAAGUACUUAGGCAUGUGGGUGGGGCCGAACACGUUCGCCAAGUCUUGGGCGGGCCCCUUGGGCAAGUGGAGAUCCAGAGGACACUUACUGGCUGGCGCCAACACCCCGCCGGCGGUAGCUGCGAUGCUAUAUUCCUCUCGAAGUGCGACAAUCCCCUCGCAUAUUGCCCAGGUCCUGCCACCGCCCCAGUCUCUGCUAGGACAAGAAGCAGCGCGGUUGGCUAAGAUCUUUCACUUCCUGCGUUGAGC